AUGUGUAUUCCAAUGGAAUUUGCCUUCGAUGCAAUGCCUGAUUGUAUGGAUCGGAGUGAUGAGCAAGCGCUUGAUGAACUCUACAAACGGUAUUAUCAGUGCGCAAGAGAGUCAACGUUCGAGUGUGAUGAUCGACUGUGUCAUAAAGACCAGUUUUCAUGUGGAAAUGGGGAAUGCGUUCCAUGGUCAGCAAUUCUAAACGACCAAAAACAUUGUGAUAACUUCCGUGAUAUCGCCUACAUUUGUGAAAUAUCGAACUUGCUGUUACUAACUCGUGGAGACUGGUCUGGCAUCUGUAAACAAACGAUGAAACUUGUUCCUCCUUUGACAAACAGUUCAGAUUGUCGACAAACUCUUGGACAUUUAUUACAAACUCAUCCUUCUCAUCAAUUCAGGGAUCUUGCCAUGAUCAAUCUCAGAAUUCGCUGUGAUAAUCUCAUUGUAUAUUUAGAACAAAAUGCUUUCUUUCCAGGUUUAAAAAUAGUCUACAAUCGCUCUCGUAUCGAAACAUUCAUCAUCAAUCCAAGUAAUUUACAGAAACCAAUACCGAAGACACCUGAUCUAUAUUAUUUCACUGGUCGCAUCGUCUGCAACGGGAUAUCAUUAAAUACAACAGAAAAAAUCUGGUUCACCCAUCAAGAAUUGCAAAAAUUCACCUCUUACCCAUUUUUUCCACUCUUUCACUUAAUUUGUCAAAAAAUAAUGAAUCAGUCGUUAAGUAAUAUGAAAACUGAAAAUAAUUUGGAUUCAUCAACCACACCAUCGUUCCAUCGAUGCAAAAAUACAUCAGAUCGCGUGUCAUUACGUCGAAUCAAUGAUGGUUAUAUCGAUUGUCUAUACGGUGACGAUGUGAGGAAUCCCGAUUAUCCAAUGACUCAACUAUUUCGUUAUCAAUGUCAAACUGUCACAUCCCCAUCUCAAUAUGUCAGCUGUGCUAAAUUAGGUGAUGGUGUGAAUGAUUGCGCCGACGGAAGUGAUGAAAUAUCUAAUGAGAUACGCUGGUCAACCCUAAAAUGUGAUGUGAAUGAUAAUUAUGCGUGUUGGAUUUUUCAUGGCGAUCAAUUCGGAGAGAACCGUCUGAAAGACGCUCGACUCCAUUUUCAUCGUUACUGUGAUUCGAUCUGGGAUAUAAUGGAUGGUCGAGACGAAAAAAACUGCUCAGAUUGGAUAUGUGAUCCCGGUUUGUACAAGUGUAAUAUAACAGGACAAUGCAUCGAGCGAAAAUAUUUUUGUGAUGGUGAAUUCGAUUGUGGUGAUGGUGAAGACGAAGUAAAUUGUUCUUUACCAUGGAUACCAUGGAAUCUCGAAGCGAAAUGCGACAAGAGCACUGAAUUUUUCUGCAUCACUGAUGACUAUGUGAAGAAUCAAAGUUUGAAUCGUUCUUGUAUUCAUCGAAGUCGAGUAGGUGACGGGCACAUUGAUUGUAUUGGAGCUCGCGACGAACGUAAUGUUGCAUCGUGUCCGGAUCAUCGGAUAGUUGGUGAUCGUUUCUUGUGUGAUAAAGGAAAAAAAUGCAUCGAUUACAUGGCAAUAUGCAAUGGAAUCAAGGAUUGUGUGGACGAAACUGAUGAGUCAAUUUGCUAUUGGAAUAAUGGUUCGUGUCCUGUCGGACAGUUUUCUUGUGCAGAUCAAAAAGAUUGCAAGAGUACGAGAUGUAGAGGACAAAUAGCAUGCAUUGAUAAGUCCCAUCGUUUCUGGUGUCCGAAUUCAAACAGUGAAAAUUAUGUCUAUCGCUCGAGUAAGUAUAGAUCAGUAAUUGACAAUAAAAAAAGAUGUUACAAUCAAUUGAAAUCCAACACCAAACUUGCAAUUCCAUCGUCAUUCUCAAAUCAACAAGUGAAAGCAUUGGCUCACCGAAACUUCUACUGUAAUCGAGGUUUUUAUCUGCACGUAGUCGCCAGAUCCGAAUUCUUCUGCUUUUGUCCGCCGACUUUUUACGGUGAUCGUUGUCAAUACAACAAUCGACGAGUGGGCUUUCGGUUUCGCUUCGAUCGAGGGCAACGCUCUGAUCUUCCAUUUAUUCUGAACGUUCUUGUCACACUUGUUCUGAACGGAAGCACAGUAGUUGAUCAUCAAUUUUUUCUUGAUGCAGCCAAAGAACACUCAUCAAAGUUUAUUACCUACUUGAUCUAUCCUCAUCCAAAACCUUCGGGUACCUAUUCUGUUCGAAUUGAAACCUAUCAUUCUACAGAGUUAAUCCAUUUCUGGGAAUAUCCUGUCAGUCCACUAGACUUUUUGCCUGUACUACGUAUUACCAAAGUGCUCCGAUUUCCUGCUCGUUCACUUCCCUGGCUUUGUUCACAAAACUAUUGUGAAAAUAAUGGAAUCUGCCAUCAACGAGAGGACAACCGAUUUCUCUGCAUUUGUGCAUACGGUUGGAAAGGUAAACUGUGCGAGAUGAGAACUGAGUACAUUCAUUGUGCAUCACAUUCGCUAGCAUGA